AUGAUGGCCUGGCCUCGUUGCUGCGUUUGUCUCUGUCUUUGCCUGUUUUAUCUUCCCCUUUGUUCUUUAGCCUUUACAAUCAGAAGCCCUUCUUCCCUUCAGCCGGGAGCAGCAGCAGCAGCAGCAGCAGCAGCAAGCCCGUUGGGUGCGCCGGCGACUCCCGCAGCAGCAGCAGCAGCAGCAGCAGGCCCCGCUGCUGCUGCACGCGCCUCCUCCCCGCUGGCAGCAGCCGACUCCCCCGCCCCGGCCGCAGCCCCCAGCAGCAGCAGCGGCAGCAGCAGCGGCAGCAGCAGCAGCAGCAGCAGCAGCUACCGGGACGCGUCGUGGGUGUCUUCUUUGACUUCGAGUGUACGUACACCGGCGUUCACGGCGGAGCAGAUCAAGCAGAUCUUGCCGCACAGAUAUCCCUUUUUGUUGGUGGACAAAGUAGUGUUUUUUGAAGCUGGAAAAAGAGCUGUUGGAGUUAAAAACAUUUCGAAUAAUGAAAACCAAUUUAAUGGACACUUUCCAGAACGCGCCGUCAUGCCGGGGGUGCUGCAGGUCGAGGCCCUCGCCCAACUCGCCGGCGUCGUCGCUCUGCAGCCGCCGCUCUCAGACGGAAAAGGCAUUUUCUUCUUCGCGGGGGCCAACGGCGUGAAGUGGAAGAAACCCGUGCUGCCGGGAGACUCGCUGGUGAUGGAGGCCGAACUUGUGACUUGGAAAGAAAAGUUCGGAAUUGCCAAAUUCAAAGGCCGAGGGUUUGUAGACGGCCAGUUGGCCGUGGAGGUCGAGGAGAUGACUUUCGCCUUCGGCCGCUAG